GUCACAAGUAGGAAGUGGAAGCGGAAAUAUUCACGAAACAGCUGCAGGUUGUUUUCAGACAGUUCUGUCACAAAUCACCACUUCUUAGUCAAGAUGUUGAAGGCGGUCAUUUUAAUUGGAGGCCCUCAGAAAGGCACAAGAUUCAGGCCGCUGUCAUUUGAAGUUCCCAAACCAUUGUUUCCGGUCGCUGGUGUGCCCAUGCUGCAGCACCACAUUGAAGCAUGUGCCAAGGUACCAAACAUGAAGGAGAUUUUGCUCAUCGGCUUUUACCAGCCAAAUGAAGAACUAACCAGAUUCCUGGUAAAUGCACAGCAGGAGUUCAAAAUUUCCAUCAGGUAUUUGCAAGAGUAUGCAGCCCUGGGAACUGGAGGGGGCAUCUAUCACUUCAGAGAUCAGAUUGUGUCUGGCAGUCCAGAGGCUUUCUUUGUUCUGAAUGCAGAUGUCUCUUCAGCGUUUCCUCUCACAGAGAUGCUCAGCUUCCAGAAAGAACACGGAGAACCAAACAGCUUUGUUAUCCUUGGAACAACAGCAAACAGAACACAGUCUCUGAAUUAUGGCUGUAUUGUUGAAAACGAGGAAACAAAUGAGGUCCUCCAUUAUGUGGAAAAGCCGAGCACAUUUGUGAGUGACAUCAUCAACUGUGGCAUAUACCUCUUUAACCCGGACAUCUUCCAGCAUAUCGGCACAGUCUUUCAGAAGAAUCAGCAGGACAUGUUGUUAUAUCCAUAUGAUGGAGAGGAGCCAACCAACGGCUGGCACAGAGCAGAAGCCAUCAGGCUGGAGCAGGACAUUUUCACUGCCCUUGCAGGACAGGGCAAACUGUAUGUGUAUAAAACCCUCAGCUUCUGGAGCCAGAUUAAAUCUGCAGGCUCUGCAAUAUAUGCCAGUCGAUUGUACCUCAACCAGUAUCACAAAACUCAUCCUGAAAGACUGGCCGUAAAUAAGGAGGGAGGCCCCAAAAUAAGCGGUAAUGUCUAUAUUCAUCCUACAGCCAAUAUUGACCCCACUGCCACGUUGGGUCCCAACGUUUCCAUUGGCACUGGAGUGACUAUUGGUGCUGGGGUCAGAGUUCGAGAAUCCGUCAUCCUCCAUGGUGCAAAUCUACAGGAUCACUGCUGUGUUUUAAACAGCAUUGUGGGAUGGGAUAGCACCAUUGGAAAGUGGGCAAGAGUAGAAGGAACCCCAAGUGACCCGAACCCCAAUGAUCCCUAUGCAAAGAUUGACAGUGAGACCCUCUUCAGAGAUGGAAAACUCACACCCUCGAUUACUAUUCUCGGUUGUAACGUGACGAUCCCAUCCGAGGUGAUUAUACUCAACUCGAUUGUCCUCCCACAUAAAGACCUCAACCGCGGCUUCAAAAACCAAAUUAUUCUUUAGUUAAUCUUCCUCGCGCUUCUGUCCACUUACUGUCACUGAUGAAGGAUGCAGUUAGACGACCGCUGGCACUGCCUCUGAGUUACUGUAUAUAAGAUGUCAAAAAUGAAGAUAUGGGACAUUCAUUAAAUAGUUUUGAAAGAUAGAUUUUUAUAUAUUUGUCCUCAAGCCUUUAUGCACAAUUGGGUGUCAGCAAAAUUAGAGAGAGGCUAAUCACGCAUGUUGAUUCACCUUGAAAAGUGCUGUCAUGCCAGAGGUUUAUAUUGUCUUUUUAUUAACUUUACCGAACUGUAAAAUUACUAUAGACACUAUUUGGUUGGCUGUAAUAUGAUGUUAAAAAAAGAGUUUAAAGACAAACAUGCUCUGUUUCUCAAGGACAUCCUUGGCGAGAGACUGUUAGUUGAACAUGAGAAUGGAAAUGAUUAGAAAAUAAAAAUCACUGGAUACUGAGGUGA